AUGACCCAGUGCGUGCUGCUGGACCAGUUGCCGGACCCGGCCCUGCUCCGGUGGGAUGCUCAGGGACCCGGCCCUGCUCCGGUGGGAUGCUUUGUGGGGCUGCUGUGGCUCAUCCCCUUCUUCUGGGGUGUCGGGGGAGCUCCUGGCCGAGGUUUACAUCGCUGCAAAUCGCUGUGUGUCCGCUCAGCAUCGCGCCGGAAUCGAUGCUGCGGGAGGGAAUGCAGCAGCUGCCGCUGCACAGGUUCUGUCGGUGAGCCCGGCUGGGGACAUGCGGAGCGCAGGGACAGCCCUGUCCCCGCCCUGUGUCCUCUGUCCCCAGCCUCAGGACAGGUGGCUCGGCACUCAGUAGCGUGUCCCCAAAGCUUCUGUGGCUGCAAGUCGGGCAUUAGCAUUCCUAAUUGGAGCACUCGGAGUGUCAAACGCAGCAGGGUCGGAGGGCUGGGAGCGGGCAGCUCAUCACCUGUCCUGGAUCCAGAACCGCAGAUAAGGGAGGCAGUCACGGAGAAGGAGGUGCAGCAGUGGUACAAGGGCUUUAUCAAGGACUGUCCCAGCGGGCAGCUCGAUGCCGCCGGCUUCCAGAAGAUCUAUAAGCAGUUCUUCCCCUUCGGUGACCCAACCAAAUUUGCCACCUUUGUUUUCAAUGUCUUCGAUGAGAACAAAGAUGGGAGGAUCGAGUUUUCGGAGUUCAUCCAGGCACUGUCGGUCACCUCGCGGGGAACGCUGGAUGAGAAGCUGAGGUGGGCGUUCAAGCUGUACGACUUGGACAACGACGGAUACAUCACGAGGAACGAGAUGCUGGACAUUGUGGAUGCGAUUUAUCAGAUGGUGGGAAACACAGUGGAGCUUCCUGAGGAGGAGAACACACCAGAGAAGAGGGUGGAUCGGAUUUUUGCCAUGAUGGACAAGAAUGCUGACGGGAAGCUGACGCUGCAGGAGUUUCAGGAGGGCUCCAAGGCCGACCCCUCCAUUGUGCAGGCGCUCUCCCUCUACGAUGGGCUCGUAUAGUCCCGGGGCCGAGCGGCGAUGCCUGGGGGAAGAUGCUCUCCGUGCCAUCCGACCGCCGCCGCGCGAAGCUUGCCUGUCCCUCCCGGCCUUCCCUCCCGCUCCACGAGCCAGGGACGCCCUCGGAGCGUGAGCUCCUCCCCCCUCCGCACUCCGAACCAGCCGCUGCCCUUCGCCCGUUCUGCUU